AUGAGGCUCUGGUCGCUUCAUCCCUGCCUUCUCGACCCGAAGGGCCUAACAGCGGCCUGGCGUGAGGCACUCCUCGCCCAGGCCGUCCUCGCAGGCCGUACGAAGGGGUAUCGCAAGCACCCGCAACUGGUCCGCUUCGUCGGCCAGGUCGACCCGCAAGCCGCUAUCGCUGCAUUCCUCACAGCAAUUUGGGAGGAGGCUUCCUCAAGAGGAUACAACUACGACAAGACGCUCAUUGAGCACCCCCAGCCCAUGAUCGGCACCAUCUCUGUCAACCGCGGCCAAGUACUGCUUGAGCUCGAGCACCUUCGAUCGAAGCUCUGGAAGCGACACCCAGAGUCGCACAAGAAGCUCCCUCCACGCGCUCAAGAGGGAGAGGUACAGGAGUGUCCGAUACACCCGCUGUUCUACGUGGUCGAGGGCCCUGUUGAGGAUUGGGAGAGGAACGAGACGAAGCCGAAGAAGCCGGCUGCCAAGCGGAAGCGCAAGGCGGUCGAGGCUGAUGUCGAUAUGGACGCGAAAGCGGAAGUCCACCCCUCCGGCCGAGUGCUCCGCCCUCGCAAGACUGUAAAGUAG